GACUACCUACGUGAACAACCUGACAACGUCAAAUCCUUUGACAUCAUUGCCGAGGUUACCAGGUUCUUAAAUGUUGUCUACUCCAACAUCAACAGCAAAAAUAUUGAACUCGUCAUUCAGCUGUUUGAAACCAUGAAUGAAUUCACUGCUGUAAGUCAUAACAAACUUUGAGCUGCUUGGCUGUAAUAAUGUAGUGACGAUAUGAAUUAUUAUGGGUUUUUAUGAAUUCAAUUUCAAUACUUUAAAAUGGACUUGUCUGGGGAUAUGGUUAUGUGAGAUAAACUAAAUGCAUUAAUAUAUACAUAACUUAAAAUUAUGUGAGAAUUUUUUUUUUAUUGACAGAUAUUUAACCUAAAAGAUGACAUAUGUGAUAAAAUUAUGUAGGCAGAUAACUUUUUAAAAAACAACUUUGUUACUUUGUUUUAGCUUGGGCAAGAAAAUGUGUCAGAAUGUUUAAGAAAGAAUGUUUAUCAGAACCAACCAAAUUUCUGAGAUUUUUUUUAUUUUUGAAAUCUCAGAAAAUAUAGUUUUUAUUCUUUCUUUUUAUUUUUAUUUUGUUGUAAAAUUUUGUCCUAUGAACUAUGACCUCUUAUUAAUCUUGUGAUUGCAUCUUAAACUUGAUUUGACUCAAAACAAAAACAGCACAAUGACUAACAUAAACCAACCCGAUGUCUGGUUCACAGUUAAACAUUUUUUUUUGAUAAAUCUAGAUUUUAUUACUGCAAACUUUGUAGAAAUAUAUUUUGUAAAUGUGAAUUCAACACAAAUUAAUUCAAAAUUUAACGUCUUUCAACUACUUUUGAUUUUUCUGUUAGAUUAACUUCAUAUUUCUCUUCUCUCAGGGUAACCAAGACAACAGGGUGGUGAUAUAUGACAACAAAAUCAUUGAUUACAUCAACUUUAUUCUACGCUCUGGAGAAUUCGGAGACUGCUCGAUUGAAAAG